UUGGCGGUGGAAAUUAAUAAUUAUUAUUUUCCCGGUACAAAUACUGUACAAAAGAAACAUUGAGAGAGAUGCCGCUUUAUGAAAGUGUAAUUCAAGAAAAGCCACCAAUUGUGCUGGAUAUUGGCAAUGCCUAUACAAAGCUUGGCUUUGCAGCCGAAGCGCAUCCACGUAAAAUAAUACCCACAACUGUCGUGCUGUCUACCACAAGCGAAACGAAGCGGCUCUUUGAUUUUGCGGACACAACCGAGUUUUACGAUCAAAUAGUGGAUUUUCUGCAAAUGAUAUUCUUUAAACACCUGUUGGUCAGCCCCAAAGAGCGUAAAAUAGUUGUGGUGGAGAACAUCUUUGGCCAGACUGUAACUCGUGAGACUUUGGCACGUGUGCUCUUCAAGCACUUCGAUAUGUCUUCGGUGCUGUUUGUCCCAGCGCACUUAAUUUCGCUCUCAACUCUGGCGCUGCCCACCGCCGUUGUAGUGGACAUUGGUUACAGUGAAGUAACCGUGAUGCCAGUCUUUAGUGGUGUCCAAAUAAUGCCCGCUUUUAUGGAUCAAAGCUACGGCGGCUCUGCUGUCCACAAUGAGAUUAAGCGUCAGUUGGUGGCAUCAGGUAUCAAGGAAUCGUUGUUGACCGAAAAUGUUUUAGAGGAUAUAAAAGUGCGCGUGUGUUUUGUGACCACCUUUGAGCGUGCACAGGCGCGUCUGAAGGGCAACGAACCACAGCCGACACCAUCACCCAGCGUUGAUUAUCCCAUUUGCGAUUAUGACACGAUUAUCGAAAUUCCAGGCAUCGUACGUGAGACCGUCUACGAGAUAAUGUUUGAGCAGAGCAACGAGCGUGACAGUCUGCCACAUUUAAUACUACGCGCCAUACUCGAAUGUAGCGUUGACGUGCGUCGGGCACUGCUUGAAAGCAUUUUUCUGAUUGGUGGCGGGGCUAUGGUAAUGGGAUUACUGCCGCGUCUGAAGCAGGAGCUGCAACAUCUGCUCGAGACAGAUGCAUACUACAAGGACCGGUUUCAUGGGGAGGUGGAGUUUAAAUUUUACAAGCCAAUCGGAAAAGAGAAUUUUACUGCUUGGCUUGGUGGCGCCCUUUGUGGCGCCACCGACUUAAUUCAAACCCGUUCGCUUACGAAGGAUGCGUACGCAAGAAACGAACAUGUGCCGGACUGGACCAAUCUCUGCGAUAAUCGACAUGCAGGCUCCUAGGCUUAGUCAUACCUAUCAUAUAUGUAUUUAUUAGAACUGCAUUAUUUAUACUAUUCUGUUGCAGUGAAUUCAGUAUGUCAAUAUCUUAUUUUUACUUCAACUGGAAGUUGGAAGUCCUAAAAGCAACAACCGA